AUAACUACCCUCCAAAACAAAGGAAAUCGAGCAACAGCAGCAAAGAAAUUAGUGUAGCUAGAAGAUGAUCAACGGCGUAAAUAAUCCACCGGAUGUCGGAAUUCAGCUGCCCGAGAUGAAACUGAGCGUCGCGGAGAGCGAGAGCAGGCCACUGGGCAGAAAUAAUGUUGAUAAGAAAGCUGAAGUGAUGCAAGUAGUUCUACGUGCAAUGUGUCUUGUGAGUUCAGUCACAGCGGUAUCGCUUAUGGUGACAGCCGAACAAACUGCAACCAUCUCUGUCGUCGGCAUUAACUUCCCCUGGCACUCCAAGUGGUCCUUCUCUCGCUCCUUCGAGUACCUGGUUGGCGUCUCGGCUGCUGUUGCAGUUCAUUUAAUACUUCAGCUACUUAUCAGUGGAUCAAGACUUGUACGAGGAUCACCAAUUAUUUUUUCUCGAAAUCAUGGAUGGCUUAUUUUUGCCUUUGAUCAGGUAUUCGCGUUGGCACUAAUAAGUGCUGGAUCAUCCGCAUCAAGUGUUUCCAGUCUAAAUCACACAGGGAUUCGACAUAUAGCUCUGCCAAAUUUUUGCAAACCCCUGCAAAAAUUUUGUGAUCGUGUUGCCACUUCCAUAGCCUUCACUUUUCUCAGCUGCUUUCUGCUUGCCAUUUUAGUGGUUCUUGAUGUAAUUUGGUUGUCCUCUAAGCACUAGACAAUAUUGCUUGUCCUCUUAAAACUUGAUGCUAAUUGAUGAUUAUAUUUUGAACC